AAUUGUGGGAAGACGGCGGAGGCGUCAUGGCGCUGGCGGCGGUUUGCAGACGGUUAUCCACGGUGCUUCGGGUGACCGGCGCGAGUCGAGGCGGUACGGCGGCUUCGGCCUCCAGAGGACUCAUUGGUGAUUGGCCAAAAAAGUCUACAGAAGUGAAGAUUUGUCCCUGUUCUGUGUUGCUACAUACAUCAGCAUCUCGAAAUGGUUUGGAGGAAUUUUUUGAUGACCCCAAAAACUGGGGAAAGGAGGUUAAAUCAGGAGAUUCCUGGACUGUCGAACAACUUCGAGGCAAAAGCAGCGACGAUCUGCAUAAGCUUUGGUAUGUCCUGCUAAAAGAGCGAAAUAUGCUUUUAACCUUAGAGCAAGAAGCAAAACGGCAGUUACAAACAAUGCCAAGUCCAGAAAGAUUGGAAAAGGUUAUAAAAUCCAUGGAAAGAAUGGACCAGGUCAUUCAGGAACGGGAAGACGCUUUGCGGCUUUUGCAGACUGGCCAAGAGAAGGAAUGGCCGGGCGAAUGGAGAUACGAUUUCCUUGGGCGUAUUAUUUGGUAUACUUUCAGAGAAUGGCCAAUCCCCUGGUACUUGAACGCAAGGCACAAGAGGAAACGAUUCUAUUAUCUGUCCAAUGUCAAGCCUUUUAUAAGACUUAGAUAUGAGAAACAGCUGCGCAUGGAAUACAACAAGGAGAUGGCAAAGAAAAGGAGAGAGAGACGUUUACAGGAAAAAGCUCUGGCCGCAGAGACUCAGAGUUAACAUGGAACGAACUGAAAGCAUUUGAUGCUUGAGAAGACCAGAGGAAUAACAAGGGGGCUGCUGUAAGUGAAAACAUGAUACAAAUGGUAAUUACUUUGGUCAUUACUUGGUGGGAAUGGACACUAUGGACACUAAGGUGGGAAAUAUUGUGUAAGUUCAGAAAGCAGCUCAUUUUUUUAUUACCAAAAUAAAACUUCAUAUCUGCUCUGAUUUUUUUUUUCCAUUUAUAUUUGGGCCUCCAUUCCAGAGUAAAACCUUUUUGACUUAUGUUUUAUAAAUGCCGCCUAAAACAGAAAGGACUAGGUAUUGUCUGCAAUUCUCUGACUAGAAUGGGAGUGUCCAACUAUGGCAACUUAAAAACUUGUGGACUUCAAUUCAUAGAAUUCUGGGAGUUGUAAGUCCACAGGUCUUAAAGUUGCCAAGAUGGGACACUCUUGGACCAGAUCCUUAAACAAAAUAAAAAUUGGAAUAUUAAAUGUUUUGAUCCAUUAGGUAUAUAGUUGGGGUACAUCCUUUCUUAAUCUUAUUUUAGAAUGUUUAUUCAGCCUUAAUUAUUUUUAUAAAUAACUCAGCAAACAUAUCUUACUUCUUCCCCCUCCUGUUUUCCCCACAACCACCCUGUGAGGUAACUUAGACUGCGCAAGCGGGGCUGGUGGUAAAUUUGUAGUACCCUAUUAUGCUAAGUCAGAACCAAUUACACUUUUUUUUAUAUUCACAUGACCCAGCUUGCUAUCUGAAAGCCCCAAUGCUUUGCAGGGAACUUUGUAACAAAUAAUAGACCUGAAACUAACAUUCCAAGGUAGUUGUGCUUGAGCAGAGAAAUGGUGUGAAUGAUUUAAAAUUAUACAUAAAUGACCCCCCCCCCAAAAAAAAAAAAAAAA